AUGAAUUCAUACAUUCAUGAACUCAUUCUGGCCCUGGAAAUGUCCUUCAUGUCAUUUUACUUUUUUCUCCUCAUCUGUCCUCCUGUGACUCGCUUCUUUUUUGGUCGACGAGAGCCCUUCCUCAAGCUGCUUAUUCAGGGAGAUUCUGCAGGCAAACUGUCACUGUGGAACAUUCCGGAUGCCUCGCCUCCACAGCAACUGUCCACUCCUGCAGACCUGCAGGUGUCAUUCACCAUCAGUCUGCAAGCGGCAUUUGAUAAGUUGACUCCGAUGUCUUCUGGAAUCAUUGACCAGCUAAGUGUCCUGCCUGGCAAGGAGGAGCCCAUUAAGGUGACAGCCAGCGUCUACAUCCCCUCCCAGGGUAGACUGGUGUGCGGAAGAGAAGAUGGCAGCAUCAUUCUGGUUCCUGCUACCCAGACCGCAAUCGUUCAGUUGCUUCAGGGAGAACACAUGCUUAGAAGAGGAUGGCCACCGCACCGCACGCUGCGAGGUCACAGGAACAAGGUGACAUGCGUCCUGUAUCCGUACCAGGUCUCCCCUCGCUACGACCAGCGCUCUCUGGUGUCCGGAGGGGUGGACUUCUCCGUCAUCGUCUGGGAUAUCUUCACUGGCGAGAUGAAGCACAUUUUCUGUGUUCACGGGGGAGAGAUCACCCAGCUCAUUGUGCCACCAGAAAACUGCAGCACUCGAGUGCAGCACUGCGUCUGCUCUGUGGCCAGCGACCACUCAGUUGGUCUGCUCAGUCUCCGGGAAAGGAAGUGCAUCAUGUUAGCAUCGCGCCAUCUCUUCCCGAUCCAAGUUAUCAAAUGGCGUCCAGCUGACGACUACCUGGUGGUCGGAUGCUCUGACGGCUCUGUGUACGUCUGGCAGAUGGAUACAGGGGCCUUGGACCGCUGUGUGAUGGGUAUAACUGCUGUAGAGAUACUCAACGCCUGUGACGAGCUGGCUCCAGCCACCGUGGACACCUUAAGCCACUCUGCAGUGAACCUGAAGCAGGCCAUGACUCGCCGCAGCUUGGCGGCACUGAAGAACAUGGCUCAGCACAAACUGCAAACACUUGCCACCAAUCUGCUGGCCGCUGACAACGCUGACAAGGGCAACCUGCCAAAAUACUCCCACAAUGCACUGGUGGUCCAGGCAAUGAAGACCAACCUGACAGACCCUGACAUGCAUGUGCUGUUCUUUGACGUGGAAGCGGUGAUCAUCCAGCUGCUGACGGAAGAAGCUCAGAGACCCAACCCCACGCUGGUGUCCCCUGAGACCUUGCAGAAGAGCCAGGCCGGGGCUGACAAGGGAGGCUCCUUCCUGGCCAACAAGAUUUUCAAGCAGGUUAAGGAAACGAUGAAGGAGACGAUCAAAGAGCACCUGCUGGACGAAGAUGAGGAAGAGGAGGAGGAGAUGAGGAGGCGUGAGGAGAAGUCCAAGUCACUGAGUCUCCUGGAGUACAAUCUGACGAUGGACACGGCCAAGCUCUUCAUGUCCUGCCUGCACGCCUGGGGCCUCAACCAGCACCUGGACGACAUCUGUAUGGAGCGACUGGGCAUGCUCAGACCGCACUGCCCCAUCUCCUUUGGCCUGCUCUCCAGGGGAGGUCACAUGUCCCUCAUGCUGCCGACCUUCAAGGAGUCUCUGCUGCGACAGUUGUCCUUUGCAACAGGCCGGAAGCUGACCCUUUCAGACAUUGUCGGCAAGGGGACUUACGGCGUGUCAAGGGCGGUCACCACGCAACACCUCCUGUCCGUCAUCUCUCUGGCCAACACUCUGAUGGGCAUGACCAAUGCCACCUUUGUCGGCGAGCACAUGAAGAAGGCACCAGCAAGGCCUCCCAGACCAGGAGGAACCCCGGAGUCUCCUCGUAGGACGCCGGCCACGCCCCCUCAGCCCUCCAACCCAGCAGUACAAGCCCAGAUCAAACAAGCUGCUGUAGCCACCGCGGCCAGCUCCAGCGUCUCUGCUACGACUGGCAGGCCGUUGGGGGCCCCUGGGGUUCCUCCCCAGAGGGCCCCCGGCUCCUCCGGCCCCGGUCCCGCCUCUCAUAACAUCCCCUCAGUCAACGAAGGUUGGAGCCAGCUGGCAGCCAUGCAUUGUGUUAUGCUCCCUGACCUUCUGGGCCUCGAUAAGUUCCGACCCCCUUUACUAGAGAUGCUGGCAAGAAGAUGGCAGGACCGUUGUCUGGAGGUCCGAGAAGCAUCCCAAGCUUUACUGUUGGCUGAGUUGAGAAGGAUCGGUCAAUCGGGGCGUAAGGACACUAUUGAUAUGUGGGCUCCUUAUCUCCCUCAAUACGUGGACACAGUCAGCUCCCCUGGGACAACCACAGAACCCUCAACUCCAGCCCUCCCCCCGGCUGAAGCUCAACCACUGGAGGCCAAGGCACCCGAGGAGGAAAUGGACGUCACGGAUGAUGACAUCACUGCAGGCUGUCUCUCUAACCUUCCACCAAAUGCCAAGAAGAUUUCCAAUUCGUACGAGGAGCGUCGGAAACAAGCCACUGCCAUCGUUAUUCUGGGGGUCAUCGGGGCCGAGUUUGGGGCUGAGAUUGAACCACCAAAGGGUGCAGCACGGACUCGAGCCGGAGGGCAGGUCCCUGAAGGCUUCGGACCAACAAGCGGUGGAUCUUCAAACUACUCCCUGGCCAGACACACAUGCAAGGCUCUGACCUUCCUGUUGCUGCAGCCGCCGAGCCCAAAGCUGCCGCCCCACAGCACCAUCCGCCGCACCGCCAUCGAUCUGAUCGGCCGAGGGUUCACGGUGUGGGAGCCGUACAUGGACGUAUCGGCCGUGCUCAUGGGUCUGUUGGAGCUCUGUGCUGAUGCUGAAAAGCAGCUGGCCAAUAUCACCAUGGGUUUGCCACUCAACCCGCCAGCAGACUCUGCUCGCUCCGCCCGACAUGCCCUCUCUCUUAUUGCAACCGCCCGGCCCCCUGCCUUCAUCACCACCAUUGCAAGAGAGGUUCAUCGUUUCAAUGCCGCUCAGGCGAAUUCUCAGUCACAGCAGAACGUUCACACCACCACUCUGGCUCGGGCCAAGACUGAAAUAUUGAGAGUGAUUGACAUCCUGGUGGAGAAGAUGCCUGGAGAUGUUGUGGACUUGCUUGUUGAGGUGAUGGACAUCAUCAUGUACUGCAUCGAAGGUUCUCUGGUGAAGAAGAAAGGACUUCAAGAGUGUUUCCCUGCCAUCUGCAAGUUCUACAUGGUCGGUUACUGUGACCGCAGUCACCGUAUUGCUGUCGGAGCUCGCCAAGGUUCUGUGGCUCUCUAUGAUGUUCGUACUGGGAAAUGCCAGAACAUCCACGGUCACAAAGGUCCAAUCACGGCGGUGUCAUUUGCCCCUGAUGGCCGUUACCUAGCAACGUACUCCAACGCUGACAGCCACAUCUCAUUUUGGCAGAUGAACACCAGUCUGCUGGGCAGCAUCGGGAUGUUGAACUCGGCCCCCCAGCUGCGCUGCAUUAAGACCUACCAGGUACCACCGGUCCAACCGGCCUCUCCCGGAUCCCAGAACCACCUGAAACUGGCCCGCCUCAUUUGGACUUCCAACCGGAACGUCAUCCUGAUGGCGCACGACGGCAAGGAGCACCGCUUCAUGGUGUAAAAAGUGCACGGGUACUUUUAGGCUCCGCUUGACUUCACAGCAUGACUUAGUGUGACAACAACAACAUUUUAUUGGGGAACGAUCUAGAAUCUUGAAGACGGGAAUUAAGAACCCAACCUUAGUAGGUUUUCAUGUGUUUUAUCUCCCAAUUACUGAAUAUGUAAUAUAAGUUACAUUUAGUAUUAUGUAACGUAGUUAUUUAUCUGGUCAUUCCAAAUUAUUAUUUGUUUUAGUUUUCACUUCAUUGCUAUUUAUUUGAUGCUCGCCCUUUAUUAUGAGGACACAAUAAGUUUGCGUAGCUAUGGAGAAUUUUACGACAGUAUUUUACUUUACUUUUAUUACUGCUGGAAUAAAUGCAUUUUUUUUUCUUCACGUUUGUGAGUGCGCCGCCUCGUACGCCAUCUCAGAGGCUUACUUCCAUACUCACGAGGGAUGUCUGAUAAUAUCGGACUGAUGAUAUUAUUAUGCUUUAAAAUGUAAUAUCGGAAAUUAUCGGUAUCGGUUUCAAAAAGUAAAAUUUGAGACUUUUUAAAACGCCUCUGUGUACACAGAUGUAGGAAGGUACAGAACAUUAGCACAUAAUAUCUCUGGCUUUUCACCCACACAAGUGAAUGCUAGGCAUACUUGGUCAACAGCCAUGCAGGUCACACUGAGGAUGGCCGCAUAAACAACUUUAACACUGUUACAAAUGUGUGAACCCACACCAAACAAGAAUGACACAUUUCGGGAGAAUAUCCACACCGUAACACAACCGAACAAAUACCUGCAGCACUAACUCUUCCGGGACGCUACAAUAUAAACCCCGCCCACCUCAACCUCCUCGUGCUCUCUCAGGGAGAGCGUGUCCCAAAUUCCAAGCUGCUGUUUUGAGGCAUGUUAAAAAAAAAUAAUACACUUUGUGACUUCGUUAAUAAAUAUGGCAGUGCCAUGUUGGCAUUGUUUUUUUACAUAACUUGAGUUGAUAUAUUUUAGGGAAAAACGUGUUACAUUGUUUAAUGCAUCCAGCGGGGCAUCACAACAAAGUUAGGUGUGAUGAUGUCUUCAUUCCAGUAUCAGUCGAUAUCGGAAUCGGUAAUUAAGAGUUGGACAAUAUCGGAUAUCGGCAAAAAAAGCCAUUAUCGGACAUCUCUGGCUUCAGUUUAUUGCAGGAAUGACUACUAAAAGUAGCUUUAAUGAUGAGCAACUCGUACUUGAGUAAAAAAGUGUGACAACUAAGAGUUUUUUCUCCCACUUUGAGUCAUCUUGCAGCGUAGGAAGCAUCAACAUGAUGGCUAACAAUACUAAAAAUAUCACAAUUACCCACUAGGGUCGUGCAUCCCAGGGAAAAUGAUACGGACAUCUAUGAUUUUUGACUAAACACGUGCAUUGCGAGCUCACUUAAACGCUGCUGAAAUGUGUUUGAUUAACGCUCACUUUAAUGUAAUUAUUACACUUGUGUUUGCUACGCGAUGACAUCAUCAGUGGCUUGUAAAUGGAACUUUUUGCUUCACAACGUUUAAAGUAAGAGAGAAAUAUAUUCACCCAAAUGUACAUAGAAAUAUAUUCACUGAAUGAUGAGUUUGUGUUGGUUUAGGAAGUCAAGUUUGUUUUAGAAUAAUGCUGUCAAAGUUAAAGGGGAACUGCACUUUUUUGGGGGGUAAUACUACGAUCCUUAUGUAAGACAAGCACACAAGUUUUUCUUUGUUUAUGCAUUCUAACUUGCAAAUAAGUCCUCUUACAAUGGAGCCUAUAAAGCCUUUCAAAA